AUUAGGGGAAACCAGAGAUUUGAUUACAAGGGAAAGCCUGAGAAGAAGAAAGAAAGAUGGUGAAAGUGGCGACGUACUUCGCGAUGACGCUUGGAGCCUUCGUGUUCUGGCAGUCCAUGGACAAACUCCAUGUCUGGAUCGCUCUUCGUCAAGACGAAAAGAAAGAGAGGUUGGAGAAGGAAGCGGAGAUCAGAAGGGUUAGAGAAGAAUUAUUGCAGCAGCAGGCCAGUCAGAAGGAUUCUCUUUCUUGAAUUCGAAUUAUGUUGUAAUUUUGCUUUGUAAUUUCCCCUUGCUUCUGUUUUUCCAAUGCAAUGUCUUGUGCUCAAAUAAAAUCUGCUACUCCCGAGCACUUCAAAUUUAAUUGCGUGGAUUUCUAUUGUGUUCCUCUACACAUGCACUUGUUUCAUUAACUGCUAUGUGUCAGUAAUUGUUGGAACACUUCUAUCGGGUUAUGAACCAGAUUUUAAGCGUUUAGAUGGAUUGUUUCAGUCAUACUUGAACCUUUUAUUCUUCUUUGAAAGUGUGAGAUUUGGUGAAUAA